UUUUCUUUUUUUGUCUCGGAAUUGCUGUCGGGCUCUUCAAAGCGUUCAACUCAAAACACUGGACAAAUGGCGUCUUCUUUCCAGCGGGUCUUGCGGACCAUCUGAUUUUCCUAACUCUGUGGGUCUUUCUAGGUACAACAACAACCUCCAGAGGCAUCGAAAAUUAUCCUGAUGCAAUAGUGUUGAAGGAAUACAGUUAUGAUAGCGGAGCGGUUGUGACAAGGACGUUGACUAGUUGUUUCAGGGCAAUCGGGCUACUGAUCUUUUGAGCUGUGUAGCAAACGGUUAGCUGCACAUCGGUGUGGAGCGGUUAACCUCUCAAGUAUUUUGUAUUUAAAUCUUUCAUCGCUGGACAUGGAUGUCAUGGAUAUAUUAAGACGGAUUUCUGUGAACAUGCUGUGCGACACUUCACAUCCUGCCAGUGUGCUACUAGAAUAAACACACGUAGCCACACUCGGCGCGUCGCUUCAUCUACCCGUUUAAUCCAAUUCCAUUGAUAAUCUGAGGAAAACUCGGGAGAUUUAGCAGAUAUCCUUGCUGAAAGAUCGGAUCACCCACUUUAACGAGGAACGGCAUACGCUCAUUACGUGCAAGAGCCCAGGACAACGGCGGACAAGAUGACCACAGCCAGGUACCGCCCCACCUGGGACCUGGCUCUGGACCCCCUGGUGUCCUGCAAGCUGUGCCUUGGCGAGUUCCCGCUGGAGCAAAUGACCACCAUCUCCCAGUGCCAAUGUGUCUUCUGCACUCUGUGCCUGAAGCAGUACGUCGAGCUUCUGAUCAAAGAGGGCCUCGAAACCGCAAUUAGCUGCCCGGACUCUGCCUGUCCGAAAAGGGGACACCUACAGGAAAACGAGAUUGAGUGCAUGGUUGCCACGGAAAUAAUGCAGAGAUACAAGAAACUGCAGUUUGAGAGGGAGGUGCUGCUGGACCCGUGCCGGACCUGGUGCCCGUCGUCCUCGUGCCAGGCGGUGUGCCAGCUGAAGGAGGCAGACACGCCGCUCCCCCAGCGGGUCCAGUGUGUCAUCUGCAGCCUGGAGUUCUGCUCCUCCUGUAAGAGCAGCUGGCAUCCGGGCCAGGCGUGCCAGGAGAGCCUGCCAAUCACCUCCUUCCUGCCGGGAGAGAGCAGCUCUUUCUACAAGAGCGAUGAAGACGAUGCCCCCAUCAAGCGGUGUCCAAAGUGUAAGGUGUACAUUGAGCGGGACGAAGGCUGCGCCCAAAUGAUGUGCAAGAACUGCAAGCACGCCUUCUGCUGGUACUGCCUAGAAUCGCUGGACGAUGACUUCCUCCUCAUACACUAUGACAAAGGGCCGUGUCGCAACAAACUGGGUCACUCCAGGGCCUCCGUGAUCUGGCACAGAACACAGGUGGUGGGGAUCUUCGCUGGGUUCGGGCUGCUGCUGUUGGUGGCCUCGCCCUUCCUCCUUCUGGCCACGCCCUUUGUCCUCUGCUGCAAGUGCAAGUGUGGCAAAGGGGACGACGACCCCUUGCCCACCUAAAGAGGACGCCGGCGCGCCGCCCAGGGUGGGGGAGGGGGGCGUUUUUUUUUUCCCUUUCGUUCUUUUUUUUCUUUGCCUUCUCUCAGCCCCGGAGCGCUUCAUUUUUUGGUCCAAAAAAGGCCGGGCGACGUUUCCGCAGUUUUCAUGGCCCAUUUCGCAGCUUCUUCAGAGGAGCCCUGAGCCCGGCCGGGAGGAGACGGUGGAGGGCAGCGACCGUGGGAGGACCGCAGGAGGACUGCGAGGCCCCCUGCUGAUGAGUUUCGGCGGCCACGUGCGCGAGGGUGGUGAGGAACUGCAGGCAGUAUCGAUGUGGCAGACGGUACACACACACGCAGCCCCAUCUUUUCUCAACCUCUCUCUCCCUCUUUGUGAUUGGGCGUCCAUAAUCACAGCCCGUCUCUCAAUGCGGUCUGUCAAACCUCGCCCCAUACGGUCAGUCUCACCCCAGACUCCAUGUCUGUUAUCUUUGCCCCCCAUAAAAUGAUCGGGGUUUUGUGGACCCAGCUCUGUCAGCGUUUCUGACGCACAUGGAAAAGGAGAGAGGGGCGUGACCUUGAGCGGGUUUGUUCUGCUUUCGCCUAUGGCGUGUCUGUCAUUGACUCUGAGGAGAGGUUACAAUGUUGUUUCUUUUUAAUGUCAUUAUCUAUGAAAAAAGGUAUUUUCCAAGCCCGCAUCAGUCACACAGUAACUUUCCGAGACAUGCUUGCUGUCUUUCCUCUGAGUGCUUCAGCUGGGUCAGUGCGCUGGCUCAUAUCUCUCUGUCCAGCUAAAACCCCAGAUUCAUCAUGCAGACGUCACAUUUAUAUUUGUUUCUCUGAAUUCAUUUUAAAAUCAGGUUUUACAGCCCAUUUAAAAAGCAUAGUGACAGAAGUUCAGAACGGUGUUUCACCUCCUCAUCGUGCCCUCCUGCUUGUUUAGUGCAAUCUGCCAUUGUUUCCAUGCGAAGCGGUUGAGAGGCCUUUUCUGAGCUGCUCCGUGGCAAUGGCACGACUGUUGAUCAACACAAAAACAAAUGGUUAUCUGUCCAAUUCCAGGCCGAAACGGUGUAAAUAACCAACAACCCGCUGAAAACACAGAAAUUAUAGAAUUGAUUUGUUGUUCAUAUCAGGGCCCUGUUUAGCCUCAUGCAGAAGUUAUGAAUCUCAUUUUAGGCAGUAUCUUUAAACUGCCAUGUGUUGUAACUUUUUCUGAAGGUUAAAUUACUUAAAAAUCAGGCUCAAUCUGUCAAGGCAAAUUGACACUUCCAUGACUGUUGUAAAUGAAAGCAGUUUUGAUUGGGGAGGCGUUUUCGCACAAGAUGCUAUUUAAUCUGCAGGGUCUCUCAAGCUUGAGAAUCUCAAAUCGAAAAGAAACUGUUCUAUACCAAACUCAGCAUGGGGCUGCAUCAUUGUAUACAUAACUAUGCAAGUUUGUACAGCUUUUACGAGUAAACUGAUAGCAAAGACAUGGCUUGUGCAGUCAUACAGUGUGAUGUGUAAAUGCCAUGUCAUCAUCAAGUGCACCUGUGCCAUUGGAUAAGUCAACAUGGGCUUGUAUAUUAAAUAAAAUUCAUAUCAGGGACACUGAGUAUAUUUCAGAUUAAUUUGAUCAGGGGAAAGGUCUCUGCCUCAUCAGUCAAUCAAUCAAGCUGUAGCAAUCAAACAUGUAGCAGCUGAAGGACACCCAGCAUGGUUCUGUGGGCCAAUAAAACCCAGGGAAAGUGUUUGGUAGGACGUUACAAGUAAGUAAUCUGUAGUACAACAAGUCUUGUAAGGGUAAUUAUCUUCAUGUGUGCUUAUUGCAGCCAGCUUAACCCCUACCCUGUGUUGCUUUUUCCUACUGUAUACUGAAUAUACUCCAAGCUCUAGUUGUACAACUGUAACGGUAAACCACUGAGCAGCCCUGGGGGGUCCUUGAAGUUUUCUUUAGCACCAUUUGAAACUACAGCACUCAAGCCUGUUGCAGGAUAACAGUUCCUUGCUUUACCCACUCACUUUUCCCAUUUACUGGCAUGUUGCUAGCAAAGCCUACAGAAAGGUGAACGUGUUUUCUUUUCUUUCUAAAAGUGCCAUGUAAGUGUACAGGUAGUGUGUAGUUGACUCAAGUCAUGUUUUUUUGGCAACUACAACACUGUUACUAUCAACAUCUUUUCUUCAUGCUAAUUAUCUAUAGACAAAAAUUGGUUUUACAAAGUUUGGCUCCCUUUUGCACACCCCGUUGUACUGUACAGCUAGAGGUUUAUUUACUGGGUAUCAGAAUCCAGUAAGGUAGCCACUUUUAACACACGCAGGUGCCAUGUUUUGCUGUCGUAGGUAAACUUAACACCACGCUGAUUCACGCAGCUUUACUCACAUUUCUCCAGGGAGUUCAUUUGCAGAUGUUUUGGACAUGAAUAUGAUGGCUCUAGUUGGGAAUUGGAGCAGUGGAUAUAGUUUUUAGCUCAAAUUUUCACCACUGUUUGUGCCAUGGUU